AUGAAAUCCACUGAGAAAAACUCCGACUGUCCGUUCUGUGCCACUCAGUUCAGCCAUCGAUCGUCGCUUAUCCGUCACCUAAAGAACAACUGCAAUAAAUCUCAACCACAAACUCUGAGACGCAAGUCAUGUGAUCAGUGUGUCGCAGAUAAAGCCAGGUGUAGCCUGAAACGUCCUAGUUGCUCUCGGUGUUCUGUGCGGAGCAUACCUUGUCAAUAUACCAGCGCAGAUGCAACUGACACCCUGGAAGUCGAGAAUGACGAUUUCAGAGUCAAUAAUGAUGCCCCAAGCAUUUCGUUACAAGAAACUUCACUCAUAACCCAGCCAUAUGAGUUACAAUCAAUCUUCGAUCCUAAUUUAUUCGAUUCCUUUUUCUCGGGUCCAGGUUCUUGGGAUCCGACACAGCCCACGAGUCUUGCUUUACGUUCUCCACAGGCAGCCAACACAGAGCUAUUCUCUUUGAAUACCAGCAGUGGAUUUGAAACACCAGAGCUAACCCGAGCUACCCCACCCCCGAAUCCUCUAUCGGGUUCGCCGGCGGAUACAAAUUCAAUAGCCCUAGCGAAUCAUAGCAUGGAGCUUAUCUUCCGAGCUCUUCGUACUUGGCCAAAAAUGCUCGCCGAAGAGUUUCAACUUCCUCCUUUGUUCCACUCUACCCACAUUGCACCAAAUAAAACACUACCAUCGCCACUAGCGAACUGUAUAACCUUGAGCAAAAUGUGGCAUGGACAAUGUGAAGGCGCAGAAGACAUGGUGCGGAAAACAAUUUUAAAAGAACUAGACAGCAUCACAGAUCAGUCCGACCAACUCGACGAGACAACCCUGCUAGCAGCCUUACAAGCGGUGGUCAUAUACACAAUUAUUUUACUCUCUCCAUCAGCAAGUUCACCGAUUCCCUUGAUCGACCACAAACUUAUCUUUCGCAAAGUGGAGCUGCUGGUCUACCAUGUUGUCCACGGAGGUCUUUUCCUACCAGAAGAAAGAACACAGAUGAGACCAUCCUGGGAAGCCUGGAUACAAGUAACAUCAAAGCGCCGUGCUAUCCUUGCUUUGUAUCUACUCCACUGGGCAAACUCUGUGUUGCAUAAGGUCCCAGGUUUCGACUGCAGGGACCUCGGGUUCAUGCCUGCGCCAGCGGCAAAGGUGCUUUGGCAGGCGCAGACAGAACAUGAAUGGAACACUCGUUAUAUCCAUUGGCUAUCGCGGUGGAGUGGCAGGGGUUAUCUGCAAGCCGAAUUUGCUAAAAUCAGACCAGGCAUCGUCAUGGAUUCGCGCGCGGAAAGGUGGUUGGGAGAAGCCGAUGAGUUUGGGUUCAUGAUGAUAUCAAUUGUCAACGCUACUGACUUUGAUCAGCCGUCGCUCAAGCCAUUACCUUGUUGA